GUUCUCUUCUUCGACACAUCCUUCCCCGGGGCCUUCCUCCCCAUGACCCAGCAGCCUUCGUCUUCAGCAGCUUGCUCAUGAAAAAGGAACUCUGGGGUCGUGUGCUCACGCGCACCCAGGCACACGCACUCGUGCACACACGCACAUGCUUCCCCGUCCCCUGCCUGCGCUCUCUGAGCCCGGGGCACUUCGGUGGCAGAGGUGUUUCAGUUCUCCCUGUUGGGGAGGCUUUUUUGGUUGUUGUUUUUUUUUAAACAUUCAAAAACCAUUAAUGAUCAGUUCUAGGAAACACCCUGAAUAGAAACAAAACUUUUGAAUGCUGGAUUCAAAAAAAAAAAAAGUUAUCUGGACAGCUUCUUUGAGACUAUUUAAAAACUGGUACAACAGGUCUCUGCAACGCCAAGAUCUAACUAAGCUCUAAAAGGUCAAGAAGUUUUAUGGCUGACAAAGGACUUGCGCCACUGCGGAAGGCCUUUUCCACUUUCAGCUUCAGGAGAUUUGGGGGUUUUGCCCCCCAUCCUCUUCUGUGUGUCUGAGCCGUACUUCUCUGCACCGAGGGCUGCAGUAGCUUUGUGUGGUGGAUGUCAGGGAGAGAGGCGGGUGGGGGGCUGCGUGUUGGGGCCCGCUCUUACAUAAGGCUCACGGCCCUGGGCCAGGCCGGGCCAGGCGGCUUCUGCUCCUGUCGCGUGGGAUUGGCUUUCAUUUUGUUUUGUGGAUAGCUGGGAGUAUGGCCACCCUGCUCCACGAUGCAGUAAUGAACCCGGCAGAAGUGGUGAAGCAGCGCUUACAGAUGUACAACUCGCAGCACCGGUCUGCCCUCAGCUGCAUCAGCACGGUGUGGAGGACCGAGGGGUUGGGGGCCUUCUACCGGAGCUACACCACGCAGCUCACCAUGAACAUUCCCUUCCAGUCCAUCCACUUCAUCACCUACGAGUUCCUGCAGGAGCAGGUGAACCCAAGGCGGGACUACAACCCACAGUCCCACAUCAUCUCUGGUGGCCUGGCCGGGGCCCUCGCUGCGGCUGCCACCACCCCCCUGGACGUCUGCAAGACCCUACUCAACACACAGGAGAACAUGGCUCUGUCCCUGGCCAACAUCAGUGGCCGGCUGUCAGGCAUGGCCAAUGCCUUCCGGACAGUGUACCAGCUCAACGGCCUGGCAGGCUACUUCAAAGGCAUCCAGGCACGCGUCAUUUACCAGAUGCCCUCCACAGCCAUCUCCUGGUCCGUCUAUGAGUUUUUCAAGUACGUCCUCACAAAGCACCAGCUGGAGAACCGAACUCUGUUCUAAAGGAACGGGCUGUGGGAAGUGGUUCUGGAAUCUUGUUCACAAAAGCUUUCCCCUGCCAGCCUGCUGGUCCCUUGGCCUGAAGUCUAAGGUCCUUUUCCUGAGGGUGCCCUUGAUGUGUGCUCCCUAAUGCCUUAAGAGAGAGGGGAGGCCAGGAUGGCCGGUGACCAGAAGGCUGUCCUGUCCACAGGGACAUCCUAGGCGACGGUGGACAGGAAUGACUCGGGAAGGAGAGCAAGAAUUGGCUGCUUCUCCUCCCCCAGAGAAUGCAGCUUUUCUGCUUCACUGUGGCAGACUCCUCCCUCCAUCCUUACGUCACACAGGAGGGAAGAGGCCAUACAGCGACUGAACACAUACAGUCUAAAAUAGAUGGAUAAUGUUUAUCCUUUAUUUUUCUAUGUAGAAAUUUUUGAAUUUGUGUGUAUUGUCGUGUGUGUCCCUAAAGAGUAUUACAGACGAGCUGAUCGAGCUGUUUUUAAAAAACAAAAUGGCUGAAUUCUUCCAUCAGGGUAAAAGGCACCAAAGUAAUAAAUGGCUGAAUGUGGCCCAAAAUUGCAUGUAGGUCCCCCCAGAUGGAAGUUUCACUUGAAUGUAAAAUAAUAAACAUUAAAUGUAUAUUUUGAAUUUCUCUUUUAAUGGGGAAAGAAGGUACGUUAAAAAAAAUAUUAUGCUACUUGCCACUAUUUUUAAUUCAGUCAGUCACGCACCUUCAUGUGCCUUAUCCCCUUGUUUGUCCUAAAAAUCCCAGGACCGAAGGUCAGGCCCUGGCGCAUUUCUUCCUGCUGUGUUACGUACACACACAUGGUCCAGGGAGUAGGAUCGCUCCUGCUGUAGGCUGGUGGCCCCAGGACAGUGAGGGCGACCCGUCUUACACCUGCUGAGGCCAUUCCCUUGCUUGUGAGUGAGCUGAAUUUGUACCUCCCUUGGUCACACUUAGAAGCCCUGAAUCUGCCAGCAUUUGGCCGCUUGUUUAGUAGGUUGUGGGGAUAAAUCCUACCUUUAUCCUAAGACUUAUUUAUGGAUCAGCCUUUUUUUCCCUCAGGCACUUCAGGGUACUUGGCUUUUGUGUGUCCUUAACUCUCCUCCUGUCCUGCCUUUCCCUGUGCUUUCUAGGGAUUUAGCAAGAUGGAGCCAGCCCACCUCUGGCAUUUGGCUGUGCCCUUGUCCUGUGCCAGUGCUCAUCCCCAUCGGAGCCCCCUCUCAUAGGCUGGUGAUAAGUCUGGGCCCUCCAGCCGGGGCCUCAUUGCCCAAGGCUGCUCCUUCAGCCUUGUGUUGUCUGUGUCACUGAGAACUCUAGGCCUCACUGCCUUGUCUUCUGGGACGGAGUCACAUUGUCGCUAAGAGAAAACACAAGCCUGCUGCUUCCAGACCGGUAUCCGAGGGGAGACCGGACGGCCUCUGUUUCCUGUUUUGAGCCCCCACCAGGCAGGAAGCACAUGCGUUUCAUUUGGGCAGUACUGGUCUUGACCUGCUACUAUCGCAGAGGCCAGUGUGGCGGCUGUCCCUGACUGCCUGGGAAGAACUUAGAUUGCACGGAGAAAGUCUCAUCGUGGGACUAUGCUGUUAUGGGUCUUUCGUCCUGGUAGCUAUAAGCACUUGUAUGAUAAAACAGUUGACUUCCUUUUUCAGGUCAAGGAUGGGCAGGCCACCUUGGUACCUCAGGUGUGUGUUCAUGAGCAGGGUCUUGCUGCUGGGCUGCAGGAUGGCUGCUGAGCUGUCCCACUUUGGGGUAGACCCCCACUGCUCUCAACCAUGGGUACCAGAUGCAGCAAGCAGAAAGCUGGUGACUGUGCUGUUGCUGGAAAUGUUUACAUCCACUCUGACCCUGUCUUAGGGUAGAGUUACCUAUGUAGUGCUAACUUCUGCAGAUGGAGGGGAAAAAUCAAAUUGUAGGUUCUAGAACUUAAAUCCUAAAAAAAUUAUUCCUCCUAUCCCUUUUUGUCCACUUGAUUUGCCGCCCUGCUAUAAAAUGUUCCUGUAUUCCCACAGGGUUUUGCUCUCCAUAUUUACAGCAGGAACUUGACCUUGGGAAAAGCCCCUUUGGUUAAGGGAAUGCAAAACAGAGAGGCAGGCGUGGAUUCAGAGCGCCAUGGGCUCAGAGUCCGAGGAUGUGGUCCUGGCUUUCUCUUCCCCAUGUCAAAGACUGGGUCAUCAGGGGUUCCCACCUGUCCUGCUGCCCCAGCCCGGUCCUCGUGAGGCUUAGUGAGUGAUCUGACAGAAGCUUUGGACAGUUGUGAGGCACCGAGUAGAUAUAUAAGUGUUUGUUAAUUUUGUGGGAAUUCAUUUUACCUCUCUCAUUCUUAGCUUAAAAUUUGCUAUCAUUUGCCCCACACAGACUGUAGCCUGCAGGUUGUGAUUUUGACAUUGCAGAGUGCUGAAUGGGAAAAUACUGCCCUGUCCAGUGACCGGCUUAAAAUAAUUGUGGCACACACUCGGUCAUUAACAUCUUUAAAGUGACAUCCGCAGCUGGGCAGUGCCAGGGGAGUCCAGUACUCGUACUUUGACAGUGUGUGUGUGUUUGCAUGAGUGAGUGCUUCUCCUCAGACUGUGACUUCAGGUUCACCCACUUGUAGACUGGAGUUUUCAAGUAAAGCAUUUUUUCUCGAAUGAGAUGUUUUCUAUCCAUGACUAUUUUUUCUUAACUUUGGAUUGAAUGUACGUAUUUACUGGCUUACUUCUUGUGUGGUUUUAUUUUUUUUAUAAAAAUGCUGAUGUCAUUCCAAGCACCAUCUUCCAGUGGCCCUGAAGGCUGCAUCUCCAUCACCUUGUUAUGCCAAUAAGGUUGUAUUUAUUUAAGGACGAUUGUGUCUGAACUACGAAUGUACUGCUGUUUCCUACCUGUGAGACACACCAUGUAUGUGAUAAGGGUGGACAAGCGUUAUUUCUUCAAUGUCAUAAAUGCCUGUAGUGAAGAUUGUUUCUGUCUUGAGAUUGCUGCCAGCUCCUUGCAGAAGGGAAAUGUGUGUUGAUGUGUCUGUGGGGGGGUGUAUUUGAUAUGCUGCUGCAGCUGUAACACUGGAGCUAGAGAAAAUAAAGCAUUGAUCAUGCAA